UUAAGAGAUGACCUAGGAAACGAAAAAGCCAUACCACCCGAUACCAACGGUUCUAGAGAUGGAGAUGACUUGGUCACCUCUGCCGAUUUUUAUGUGGAAGCUAAUGCAGACGUCGUUGAUGAACUAGAUCCUGCGGACGACAUGGUCAGCAGCCCACGUCUGAGCCAACUUAGACAUGCGACAGAAGACAAUGCUAACAAGAGGACUGCACAAAUGGGUCCACCUCCAGAACAUGGUGUCCAACGCACCCCAUCUACGUGUGUCGUAAACAAUCCACAAACACCUGAGCCCGUAGCUUACGUGAAUUCAAAUCUGGAUAAUGUGCAGACAAAUCUUGUUUUCCCAAAGCCUACAUUCUCUCUUGGACUAACACAAGAAGAACGUCACGUCAGCAAUGUUGAUGAGUCCUUGGAAGCGGCUGCACCAAUCAGUCUCGCAGACAAUGAAGAACCGUUCCAACCACACAGGAAAAGUAAGAGACAGAAAGUUUUGCUGCGUGCGCUUGUUGGAGACUACCAAUGCGAUAAACUAUUCCUCACCCGAGCAUGGGAAGCCCAUGUUAAUGCACUGCAUCGUGGCCCUAACAUUGACUACGCCGCAAAAAUUGGAGCUCUUUCAGAAAAGCUAAAAACAGGAUUUGUUAUCAAUGUACAGUCAAUGUCUCGACAGCAACGGCUUGUUUGCUUUUCUUGGUCGAUCUUCCCAUUUAACUGCGAAGACGUUCUCAUCCAUCACACCCGAUCGUUGGUACAAGCACACUCUCAAGACCAUCAACCCAACAACCUCGUUUUCCUGGACACUAAGUUUGUUACCCUGCUAUCUAAAGUAAAGUUCUCCAAGUCCUCUAAGAAAGAGAGCUACCGUUUCCCCCAUUUUUGCUUGAAUACCUUGCUGGAGAUUGCCCAAUUACCGAAGCUACUCGCAUCUACUUUCCUUUCAACUUCGACAAAAGGCAUUGGGUAGGUGUUUGUGUUGACUGUUCCCUUUCGCGGGUCUUAGUGUUAGACUGCAACACAUCGCUUAGGACGGACGGGAUGAUCAACAAAGAAAUCCAUCACAUUUCGGAAAUGUUUCCUUACCUAUUGAGACGUGCGGCGAAGCAAUUCUUUUCCAAAAAUUUAAAGACUCUAAGCAUUGACAGACCCCGUAUCGUUCUCCAGAACCACAACAACUUCGACUCCGGUAUGACUUCUAUCCUACUAAUGCAAGCGUAUGCGGUUGCUGGUCUAGAUGUCUGCAAAUGCAUCACACCCGAUGUCCUUGACGUUGAGGUUCCCAAGACUGCAGUCAUGAUCUAUGAAAAUAACGCCGGCGUACUUUGAUCCUAGCUUCCCAACCUCUGCUUGCUAUAUUCCGGGCUCCUUUUGUACUUUCUG